UUCACCGUUCUGUGUUGCGUCUGUUUGGCGUCUGUUUUGCGCUCCGGCCAUCUACCAAACGAUUGUCCUGAACUGCGGCAUUUUCGUCUUCCUCCGUGUUUGUGAUCAAGCUUUUGUCUGUGAAAUCAACCUCCUGUGUGCACGUUUUGCAACAUGUCAUCCAAAAGAAAGCCGGACGGAACUAAGAAAGCGGUGAAAAAGCGCAAAAACUCCGAAUCCAACUACGACUCGGACCUCAGCGAUGAGUAUCCGCGGGCAGGUGAAACUUCCGCCAGGGAGAUGGUGGUGGAAGAGCUUCGCCCAAUGGAGAAGCUGCCAGAAGAGCUGCUUGGUGCGUACGACAAGGGUCCCGGCAAGCUGCUCAUCGCCGGAAUGGUGUCCUGGGAGAUGACCGGCAAGCGCGACUCGAAGGGCGUCACAAAGAUUCGCCCGAACCUGUACACAUUUCACAGAUUCACCGGUGAAACGUACCGUUCGAUGGCGAGUUUCUGCUCUGCAGCUCAUUCCGUUCUGAUCGACGUCAAUUGGAAGGCCUGGACCUUCGGACGCAACCAGCUGAGCCAGCUUGGUCACGGGGACACAACAAUGUACGAAAAGCCAACGCAGGUGGCUGAUUUGGCCGACUUCAACGUCAUCCAGGCAGCGUGCGGCCGUAACCAUACGCUCUUCCUUACCGACACCGGUACUGUGUACGCCUGCGGGGACAACAAGAGCGGCCAGUGCGGCGUGGGUAACAAGCUGCCGACGAUAACAUCGCCAACUCGAAUCAGCUACAACGGACCGCCAAUCAUCAAGGUGGGAUGUGGUGCGGAGUUUUCCGUGAUUCUCGAUAUAAAGGGAAAUUUGCACACCUUCGGCCUGCCCGAGUACGGCCAGUUGGGGCACAACACGGACGGGCGGUACUUCGUCAACUCCACCAAGAUGUCGUUUCAUUUCGAGACGCAACCUCGCAAGGUGUUGGUUUACAUGGAGAAAAACAAGGAAGGCCAUGUGCUACCGAUCGAGAAUGUCAACAUCAUCGACUUUGCUUGCGGCAACAAUCAUACUGUGGCCAUCGAUUCCAAAAAUCGUGCGUACAGUUGGGGCUUUGGUGGCAUCGGCCGCUUAGGCCAUGCGGAGCAAAAGGAUGAGAUGGUCCCGAGACUGAUUAAAUUCUUCGACACGCAAAACCGCAAAGUAAUGCGCGUUUUCUGCGGAUCGUCGUACAGUUUGGCAAUCUCCGACAUUGGCUCGCUGUAUUUGUUUGGGCAGAACAAAAAAACAGGCGAGGCAAACAUGUAUCCGAAACCGGUCCAGGAUCUGGCCGGUUGGAACAUUACCAGUAUUGGCACGGGUUACACAUCGAUCGUCAUAUCGGCUGACGAUUCGCUGAUUGCCUGGGGCGCAUCACCCACCUAUGGUGAACUGGGGUUGGGAGAUUUACAAAAAUCAUCAUCAACACCGAAGGAGGUCACACGAAUGGAGGGCAUGAAAGUCCCAAUGAUAGCGCUCGGCUACUCCCACUCGUUGUUGCUCGUCAACACGGAGCACGAAAAGACAAAGGAAAAGUACGACAAUCUGCCCGAGUUCGUCGUCUAAGCUGCGCCGACUGCUACCCUUUAUGUGACUGCCAGUAGUGAUGAAAUUAAGCAAGAAGGUGAAGAGAGCAAAACACUCAUCUACCAGAUCACGUUUUCCAAUUACAGUAACGGCCUGGAACCACUAUCAUUAUUUUAACUAGCAUAAGUUUUCCAUCAUCAAUCCAUCCUCAAGUAUUUGUAUUUUUUUUAUUAAACGUGCAUUUAGCUUUUCCGUCGGAUAUAUUUCCGUGAAAAAGAACGUA